AUGUGGACACAGUGGGGUGCAAAAGCAAGAGCCGCUGAAUACGACGCCGCCAAAAACGCUGCUGCGAGACGAACAAGCGAAGAGCACAAAUUGCCGCAGAAACCCGCACCUGUGUCCCUGAGCGCCUUCACCAAGAACGCUCCUCUCAACCGCAACAAAGGCAUCAAGGCUUGGAAGCCGUUGGUUUUGGAAGACACACCAGAAGCCACCAGUGACAACGAGAGCCAGGAGGACAUCCAUGGCACACCAUCAACGCCCACUCGUUUCACGUCGACCGAGAACAGCAACUCUGUGAGCGAGGACAAUGACGUCUCUCGGGUGCUUGCGAAAGCCGCGGAGCUCGGUGCCAGUGAUAGCACGUCCUCCUCGAUCGUAGCCCCGGCUUCCACGGCGCCCAGAGCGAUGGUCAGUAUGCCCUGCCAAACACCGUCCGCCUUGGUCAACCCGACCCCUAAACGCGUGCAACCACAUUCAAUCAUCAAGCAGGUCCAGCAAACCACGACUCCUAGCGUGCAUAGCUCCCCAGGAAAUGUGGCCGCAGGUGGUGGGUACCCAAACCCGAAUCCGUAUCCUUGGGUUGAAUGGCACUAUGGCUCACAUGGAUUCCCCGUGGCAGUUCCCUUUACUGUGUCCACAGCGCCCACCCUCGGGCCACUAGCUGUUCAAUAUGCCGGUAACAUCAUGGUCCCAGACGACAUCAGCCCGACAAAACAGGAGACAAAGCUAGCAUUUUUGUCCCAGCAGUUCGCAGGUCCACCGCCGAGUUUUGUUGCCAGACAUGACCAGUUCACUGCUGCUUCAGGUGGGAUUGGGACCUCGGGACUGCCUCCGAUGUCUGCUAUUCACCCUGGUCAAGCGGCGAGCCACUACCCAGGAGCAAUGUUUCCUACGAACCCAACAGGUCGUCCGCUUCUGCAACAUGUCAGUUCCGAUAGCGUUGUCGACAUAGAGGGAAGCUUCUCUGGGUCUGCAUCCUGUAAUAUACCAAACAUUGUCCGACACUACUCUUAUCCGGAUACCCUUGCCGCACCUCUCGAGCAGCCACGAGCAACUGAACAGACCACAGGCGUAACCGCGCCACAUCCGGCUCGUGGGCCAACAUUGCACUCUUGCGAAGAGGAACCGUAUGACCGAAAGACAAAGAUGCAAAGUUUCGUGGCGGCACAGCAGGCUUUGGCCAAGACAGGGAAGACUGUGCUGCACAAUCCCGAUCUGCACCAAGUGAGGACCACUGAGGCGACAUCUCCAGCUCGGUCAGGCAGCACAGCAACGACGCCCGAGCAUGGCCUUCGUCGUCAGAUCCUCAACCCGGGAUCUGUCACUAUUCUGAAACCGCCACCCGGAUUUGGAGCACAACAAAGCCCUCGCCCGACCUGGGAAGAAGACAGCAACAAGAAGUCUUGUCCCAUCGACCAGGCAACUCUGCGGCAGAUAUUCGAGGUUGACGAACGAGACUGGUUCGAGUUGAAGCCCGUCACCAAGGCACAGCGGACAAAGAUGAAUAGGGUAAUGAAUACUUUUGCGAGGGCACAGGCGCCUGAUCAAACUCGAGAAUUUGGACCCAAGUUACACGAGGAUAAGAAGGAAAACCUCUGGCGCUGGAUGCAACUCGCCAACAAGGACAACAGACCUGUUACGGCCACACACAAGCUGUUUGAAGAAGCUGCGAGGGAACGGCUUUCCACCGGGGCUGUUGGCCUCGAUAGUGACGGUGCUACGACUAAUCAACUGUCCCAAGCCGAAAUCGAGUGUGCUGCUAUCUGCGCCGUUGGAGAGAUCGUGGCCAACCUGAUCGACGACGGAGGAUCUUCUGGCGCGAACACGGACACUGAUGGUCUUUUUGCUAAGUGGAAGCCCGCCCCGGAGUAUGCGAUCCAACGUGGGCGGCUGUUGAUGGGCAACAGUGGAAGCAUGAGCUUCUUUGAGGACAACGCCGCUGGAUUCUAUACGGCUCCUAGUCGGAUUGCGCGCGACCCUCGAUUUAGACCAGCUGGGAAGGAAACAAUUCAGGUCAAGGCAGACGAUGGCUGGAAACUCCGAGCCGACAUGUACGGGAGGAGACGCCUUUGA